CUAAUUAACUGAAUGAACGAAUGAUUCCUUUUGACAUCCUGCAAAGGGAACGUUCCUUCCGUCUCGCAAAUCAGCAGAAUGAACCCUUUGACAAACGUGAAGAAUAUAAAGAAAUUGGGGGAACAGGAAUUAUCCAACGAUUCAAAGAGUUCGUGGCAUGAUCAGUACAAAGACAGUGCUUGGAUCUUCGUUGGCGGGCUGCCUUAUGAUUUAACUGAAGGGGAUGUGAUCGCUAUAUUCUCUCAAUAUGGAGAGGUGGUCAACAUAAAUUUGAUAAGAGAUAAGGACACUGGCAAACAGAAGGGGUAUGGAUUUCUUUGUUACGAGGACCAGAGGAGCACCGUCUUGGCUGUCGACAAUUUCAACGGUGUCAAAAUUCUGGGAAGGACUGUGAGAGUCGAUCAUGUGGCCCGAUAUAAGGCUCCCAAGGACUCAAAAAAGGUGGAUGAGGAGACGCGUAGAUUGAGGAGUGAAGGCUGCGCGCCCGAACUGGACGAUUGAACCGGCUUACCUGGCCGACGACGAUGCGAAUCAAAUUAUUAGAUAAUAAUAAAUAAUGUCUCUGAACAAA